UUACCAUGACAAGAAAGAAGAUGUCCAAAGUAAUCAAGAAGAGAAAACAAGAUCAGUCUGUGAUUGAGAUUCUAUCUGACAGUGAAGAAGACACAAACACAAAGAGUAUAUCCAUAAGCAUAAGUGACAUGAAGUACUUGAAGCCACGUCGAUGGCUGAAUGAUAUAGUGAUUGAUUUUGUAUUACACAUGUACCUGGAUAAAUAUGACAUGGAUACUGAAGUCUAUAUUUCAAACAGUUUCUUUUAUAGUCGACUAAAACAAGUAGAAGAAGCAGGAGAAGAUUGUUAUCAUGCUAUCAAGACAUGGAUCCAAUACAAAGAUGUAUUCACAAAGAAAUUAUGGCUGAUUCCAAUAUGUGAAAAUCAUCAUUGGUAUCUUAUGGCAGUGGUCAAUCCAGGCAAAAAAAAACAAUACAUUACCAUCAUGGAUUCACUCAACAAAUGUACUGCUUCACAUACAGCACCUUCUUUAAUCAAGGAUUUUUUGAGGAAGAAAUACUUUGAAGAGACACAUACCAGAAUUCCACCUAUUAAAGUACUCAUUCGACCUAUUCCUGUUCAAGAAAACACAUUUGAUUGUGGUUUACAUCUCUUAAGAUCUGCCUUGUUAUUUUUGCUCUGUAAGACAAAGACAUUAGAUAUGCUCAAGGGACAUUUGACAGAUCCAUCUAAACUACAAGAAUUCUGGAAUAAGACACCUGUGCCAACGAGAAAGCAUCUAAAACGAGAUAUCAUUCACUACAUCACUAGUUUUAAACAAUAGCACUCUUUAUUAUUUUCCAAAUAGCUUGGCCAAAGUGCUCUUUUGACUAUCCUUGCUUGCUUCCAGGGAUGACAUCAAUUUCGAAUAAUAAUUAGGAUUGCUUGCUGGUGUCAAUAUUUUAUCUGAAAUAGGAUACUUCUCUUUAAAUGUAUUGUCUAAUAAACUUUCGAGUGCUUUUAAUUCUUGAUGGGCUUUUUCGAGAUUCAUAAAUUCAACAGAAGGAGCUCUGAAUGCUUCUUCCACUCUUUUUUCCAAGACUUGUUUCAUACCCCUUGUAGGUCUAACUUUAUCUACUGGCCAUUCAUUGACAAUGCGCAUAUAGGAUCUAUAUAAAGAGACGAUUUCUUGUUUUGCAGGCGUUGACAUUAGGUGACAAGAAAGAAAAAAAUAAAUAAAUAAAAAUUCAAUAGCG